CGUUAAAUUCAAAUGCAUCAGUCCGACCUUGAGCACUGCUUUGGCAUACUGUAUCGCGUGUAAUUCAGCUUUAGUUUCAAAUGAUGUUGUGUGAAUGCUUACUGGUCGUUUCCUUGAUAGCCGGUGGAGGCUGCCUUAUCCGAUUACUAAUUGGAGAGGAAAGGGAGCCCGUGUUUAAUGUAUAUAGACUGCCAGGAAAGUUCUAUCAUUUAAAAUAUGUUUCAAUGCUUCUGAUGUUACUCAUAAGGAAGAGAAAAACGGUCACAUCUACAAAGAACAGUGAAGAAUCAGUCUUAAAUCUAGAUAAACCUCAACCACUUUCUACAAAUGAGCAUGCUGUUGAUGCUGAAUACUUUAAUGGAGCAAAUUCGGAAACGACAUGGCUAGUUUGCGGCACUGCAAGGCGAAGAAACAACCUCGUCAAUGGAUUUCUAUAUUUAAAGAUCGCCGAUUUCAGCGAACGUUUACUGGUAUCACCAAGACUUCCCGAUACCUGCAUGUGGCAAUCAGACGAAGAACUUGGGCGCUACGAAGCGGAAGGCUUGAAGUUAACACCUGUUGUACCUAUGAAAAAGUGGAAAAUUGAAUAUCAAGGAGCGAUGCGAUUCGAAAAUGAUUUAUCGCAAGAAAUGAAAGUCAAACUGGAAGCCUUUUGGACAACUGAUCUGCCCUAUUACAACUUUGCAACCGAUAUGGAUCCCAGGCCGGUUGCACGCGCUAUGGCUAAAGAGCUGUGGAGUAGAGAACAUUUUCAAAAUUUAAAAAAGUACCACCAAACACAUUAUGAACAUUUCGGAACAUUGGAAGGAAAGGUUCAGAUUGAUGAUAAAACAUUCCCUCUCUCCGUAGAUUGCAUGCGAGAUCAUAGUUUUGGAGACCAAAGAAAUUGGAAAAACUUCCAUCGUUACGUCAUGCAUUUUGUUCAUUUGGAAAAUGGAGAUCGCAUAACGGUGGGCCUCAUAUGUAUGCCAAUCACAUUUUCUUGGCUAGAAGUUGGAUUUGUAACUAAAUCGAAGAAAGCCCAAAAUAUCCCCAUCACAUUUGUGGAUUUCGAUCUUUACCAGCAUGGAGAACAGGGCAAUCCACCAACUGAUUAUGCUCUUCAAUUUAGAACAGAUGAAAAUAUCUACACCAUGAAAGUUCGCGUAGUCGCUAAUCCAGAGUUCUAUAUUGGACAAGAGAGUGAAUGUAGAAUUGUAGAGCAAUUGUGUCACUUUGAAGUUAAUGGUUUGAAAGGAUGGGGCGCAGCCGAAUGGCAAUACAGACACUAUGGAGGACUUCCGAAAUAGAGUUGAUUACGAAUAUACACUGCUCA